AUGGAUAAGCUAUCGAUAGUGAUCGAAUCGCUGACAAAGCCACGAUAUGAAGAGGAUUUCGUCGAUCGGUUGAAUUAUCACAUCACUACACUUAUACUACUUAUUGCUGCAUUCACUAUAAUAGCCAAGGAGUAUGGCGGUGACCCGAUUCAAUGUUGGUUACCUGCCGAAUUAGCAUCCCAGAAAUCAUGGGAACAGUAUGCGGAGGACUACUGCUUUGUGGAGAACACGUACUACAUUCCGCUAGAGCAGAACAUGCCGCAGAGCGAGAAGCACCGCGACGAGAGACUGAUCACUUAUUAUCAAUGGGUACCGUUUACACUACUGCUGCAAGCGAUGCUAUUCGUGAUACCUCACGUCUUCUGGAGAAUGCUCAACUGGACGUCAAACGUGCAGACGCGUGCAGUAAUAUCAAUGGCGGACAGCGUGCGUCAAAUGGAUCCUUGUAGUGAUGAAGCGCGUGAUACUGUGAAUGCCAUCGCCAGUCACAUUUAUCAUGCUGAGAAAUCCACCAAACAUUUGCAUAAAAUAUUGCAGAACAGUAAUUUGCUUGUCAUCUUUACAAGGAUGUUUACCCAAUCUUAUCUCAGUACAGUCUAUCUGAUAACCAAAUUGUUAUUUGUAGCAAAUGCAACAGUGCAGUUUUGGAUAGUAUCACUUUAUUUGGGCGGUAAUGGCUACGAUUUGACGAGAGCACUACUGAGACAGGAAACCUGGCAAAACACUGGUCUUUUCCCAAGGGUUACCAUGUGUGACUUUAAGAUCCGUGUCAUGGGCAACGUGCACCGCCACACCAUUCAAUGCGUCCUGAUGGCGAAUAUGUUCAACGAGAAGAUAUACGUUGCUCUGUGGUGGUGGUUUCUGGCGGUAAUCACCCUAACAGUUGUCAACUUCUUCUAUUGGAUCUACACGCUAAAUUCAGUCACUUCAAGUCAUCAGUUUCUGAUUGGACUCGUCACACUCGGUCAACCGCAAGAAAAAAUGACAAAUCAUCUCAUGCAACUCUUUGUUGAACAGUUCGUCGGCGAUACAGUAUUGGUAUUAAGGCUGGUGACGCAAAAUGCCAGCGAAUUGGUUGCAAGUAGCAUCACCGCCCGCUUGUUUGACAUUUUUGCUAAGAAAAGGUAA